CCUUGGCUCGUGGCAUCGUUCAUCGUGCUUAUGAUGAGUGCGACAGCAGACUGCGGUACAACCUUGAGUGCUAUCAACCGCUGCAGCGACCCCGACGAGACGGCUACGACCUUCGCGUUCUUAGUCGCGCAUCCCGCAUCCCCCCGUGAACACAGAACACUGGACGAAGAAGAUCAUUUGACUGUGCGCUAUUUGUGGGUGAACGAUGAAGAAAGUGGGGCACAUUUGAAUGGAAUCACGCACCAGAGGCCAAUGAGGCUGUCGCUUGCUCUGGAGAGGACAUGACUGCAAUUUAGUUACUAGGAAGGCCAGUGAACUCAUCCCGUCCUUGGGUUAUUGUAAUAUCCUGAACGAGAUUUGGAAGAGUCCCAACAAAUUCCAGCAGGUUUCUGUCAAUUAUGGGCGAAUCAUCACGGCUCAGUGCGUAGAAGAUCAAAGAUUGAAAGAAAUCGUCAAUAAAAGAGUCGAAUGAUGAAUUGUGUUUGGCAAAAUGUAUGGGCGCUUGUUCCUGUGCAGAGUUUGUU